AAAGUGAACGGUCUUCCCGCGCAUACCGCUGUCACGUUCGACAGGUUAUUGGCGGGAAAAUAAAAGUCAGACAUUUUUUUUAAAUAAAUUUAUGUUUUUUAUUAAUUUUUACUGAUAUCGGAAUAUUUAAACAAAUACUAAUUGUGGUGCAAAUGCAUUGUUUUCAAGGCCGCAUACACACGUGUUUCCAGUGAUAAGUAAAUUAUCUGAAAGUGACAUAGUGAAAACUGUAAAUUAAGAUGGAAUCCGGUGAUAAAAUACUUUUUGAACGCGAGAAAAAUUAUAAAGACGCUUUCAGUUAUGACAAUUCAGGAUUUGAUAUGACUGAGAAAAAAGAUUGGGCAUCAAAAAGCGCAGAAGGCAACGGCACUAUGGCGGAGGUGGGAGUGUCCCAGACGGUCCUGGUGGAGCCGCGCGAGGGGGGGCGGAAGCUGCCACAGUACAUAGCAGCUCUCGCAGCAACCCUAGGCGCGCUGGCCGCCGGUUCAGCCCUGGGCUGGUCGUCGCCCGUCGUCUUCAAAGUGACCCAGGCCAACCAAACCGACUACAACUUCCCGGUCUCCACCGCCCAGGGCGACUGGAUCUCUUCUCUCGUCAAUCUCGGAGCAGCCACCGUCUGUAUACCAAUAGGCCUCAUCAUGGACGCUAUAGGUCGGAAGAAAACCAUGUUAUGUCUCGUCUUACCCUUCACUGUCGGCUGGCUUCUCAUCACGUUCGCUACAAACGUCUCCAUGCUCAUGGCCGGCAGAUUUAUCACAGGUUUCGCUGGAGGAGCAUUCUGCGUUACAGCACCGACUUACACCAGUGAAAUAGCCCAAGACUCCAUCCGUGGAACGUUGGGAAGUUAUUUUCAACUCAUGAUCACUAUUGGUAUACUUUUCGCGUACGCCGUCGGCAGCUACACUUCAGUUUUCGUAUUCAAUAUCCUCUGCACUUGCAUACCGAUCAUUUUCGGCAUUGUAUUCUUUUUCAUGCCAGAAAGUCCGACCUUCUUGGUCAAGAAAGACAGGAACAGCGAAGCGAGGGAAGCGUUGGUGAGAUUACGCGGUACAAAUUACGACAUCGACGCCGAAUUGAAUGCGUUGAAACAACGCGCUGAAGAGAGCAGCAACAGCCAAGUAUCCUACUUGUCAGCACUCACGAAAAAGACUGCGUUGAGAGCCAUCCUCAUUUGUUUCGCUCUGAUGGUAUUCCAACAGCUCUCUGGUAUAAAUGCCGUCAUCUUUAACACGUCAGCGAUAUUCGCUUCUGCAGGAGCGGCCGUGCCCGCUGCGGUUGCGACUAUCAUCAUCGGUGUCAUCCAAGUAGUAUCAACAUUCGGCUCGAGUUUGGUCAUCGACAAACUUGGCAGAAGAAUUCUUCUGUUACUGUCCACUUUGGUCAUGUGCCUUUGUUCUACAGCUUUAGGAGUGUUCUUCUUCUUACAAGACGUUCAUGGAGCAGAUUCAGAUAUUGUCGCUUCCAUAUCUUGGCUUCCACUCCUCGCAUUGUCUCUUUUCAUAAUCGCUUUCUCCAUUGGUCUAGGUCCAAUUCCGUGGAUGAUGGCGGGAGAACUUUGUACCACUGAAAUUAAGGCUUUCGUCGCCUCAACGGCUGGCACCUUCAAUUGGCUUCUCAGUUUUGCCGUCACGAGUACUUUCAACGCUCUUAAUGAUAGUAUUGGUUCCGGUCAAGUAUUUUGGCUCUUCGCCAGUAUAAUGGUCGUUGGAUUCGUGUUCGUAUUCUUCAUCGUUCCUGAAACGAAAGGCAAGAGCGUUGACGAAAUCCAAGUCAUGCUAGGCGCUCAGCCACAACAACAAAGAAAUACAGACGAAACAAAAAAAUAAACGUUACAAUAGACUGAAGAAAUACUUCAUAAAGUAUUUUUAUACGAAGACUUUAUUCUUUGGUAUUCCGGCCGCUUGAAGCAAUAAAGAUUAAUUUACCAAAGAUUUGGCGAUUUUUCACAAGUGUACGCAAUUUUUUGUCGAAUUUAAGAUGAGUCGAUUAGACUGUUAUAAUUUAUUUUUAAUUGUUUAAUUAAACAGUUGCUUGUUUUUAUUGUGUAAAAUAGACCCUGGUAGCUAGCUCAGUUAGAGUAGAAUAUAGUUAUGAAAGUGAGUAAGCUUUAGUCCAAAGUAAAAUGGAAGUGAUCGAGUGUAUAGUGUAUCAUUAGUAGAUAGUUAACACUAUAAGAAUAAAGCCCCCAUUAAGCACUUUAUUCAGUGUUUUAAGGGCAAUGUAGUAUCUAGCAUUUGAUAAUUGUUAUAUUAUUUUUUUUGAAAGACCUUCGUAUGGUCUUGAACUAUUAAUAAAAGGCAACAGACGAUAGAGGUAUUUUUAAUGUUAAAUGUUGCCAUAUGACAUUUCUGAUAAAUUUAUAAUGUUUCAUAUCUUAUACGCCAUAUUAUUCGAAUGUCAGUGUAGUUUUUACAUUAUUACUAAUGAAAUUAAAACGACUGUCUAUAUAUAAAGUACCUACCUACUACUAUUUAUAUUCGUAGUUGCAAUAUUUGCAUAAUAUAUUUCAUAACUAAAAUAUCAUUGAAUUAGCAAUAAAGUCUAAAUGAUAUAUUAUAAAAAAACAAUGAAUAUUGUUGUAUUUUUAUUUUGUAAAUGCACAAAUAUUAACAAACAUUCCAUUUACUGUAAUGUCAUGAGUGAAUUUGUUUUAAUAUGUCGUAAUACUAUUAUAAUUAUAAUUUUAUUAUUAUACCGAAAUGUUAAUUUAUGAUAUAAGUUUUUAUUUAUAUGUAUUUAAUAUUAUUUACAUUUAGUCACGUCGUUUUUCAAGCUGUUAAUAAAUAGGUAUGUUAUCUAAUUUUUCAAUUGUAUUUUAACGUUUUUUUCAUAAUUCCAAAUCAAAAUUAUAAAACAUUUUGUGUGCCAUACUGGACAGCGGUAAACUAAUAGGAAAAUUAAUAGAAAGGCUAGCUAGCUAGAGAUUAAGCUAGUUAAGACUUACUUAUUGCCAUACUGGAGGCCAGUAUAAUAUAUUCUGUGUUUUAAUAUUUUGUUCCUUAUUGCCAUGCCUAAAAAGACAUAGAAUGGAUUACAUGUAAUGGGUACAUAUGUAAGGGACUCGUUAAUUAAAAAAAAAUCUUCGUUCAUAAAACUAAAAUAAAUAUAUUUAACACGCGUAGUGGUCUGGUUUAUAACAAAAGAGCCAUCAUUUCUAAAAAUAUAAAUGCAGGUAAAUACAUUUAAUUUAUAAAUUGUAGGUAUGUAAAUAAAAAUAUUGUUAUUAGGAUAUAUUUGAAAUGGAGUGUAUAACAAAGCAUUACAGUAAAAUAUCUAUUUAAUGAAAUUUUAUUAUAACGAAACGAUAAUUUUCAAAAAUUAAGUGUUGCCAAAACUGAUUUGCUACUGAGGUAAUAUCUACCUACCUAUCUACUUAUAAUUAUCUUUUAGUUCAUCUUUCGUUAGCCAUAUCUAAUUAUAAUGGUUUGAAUACGAUAAAUAAAUGUAAAUAAAACUU